AUGCAGUGGAAAGAGGUAUUAGAUAGCGAAGAUUCCAUCGACAGCCCUGAGGCACCAUUGCUUAGUGUCACCAGCGCCCUACUCGCAUUUUCCACUGGUGAAUUGCAGAGAGGUGAGGAAAGAACGCGCCACCUCGACGCUAGUGAUGACUCCAACGGGGGGACACCGCGCUUCGACCAUGAGGUGGCUGAAGGCGUCUGUUUUCUAUUCACAAAAGAGGCAGGUGAAGAUAACAAAUUGACCUGCGGUGGGGGUGACCGCGUGGGUUGCUUCCACGAUAUGGAAAACCAACGCCUUCUAACAGACUUAUGUCCCGGAAACGAUGCAGUGGCAAGUGAAUGCCAGAUGGUCUGGAAUGCGGGAAAUUGGGUUUCACCUUCUGGCGAGGUUGUGGAUCAAUCAGAGCGGUACCGUGCACUUCUGCCUCUUCAGUGGGGUGUGUGCAAGGACUCUUUCAUCACAUUAUCGCGGGACACAGUAACGGAUAGUUUGGUGGUGAUACAUCGCCAUCGCUACCCUCGCAGUGGACAUGGAUCAAAUGGUGAGGAGUCACUGGGGCAGCUCCACAUUCCCUUCUCUCAGCCCUGGAGAAGACGUGUGCGGAGUUUGCUAAGUCUCUCCCACACUAAUUUGAUGCCCGUGACCGAUAUCAUAAUGAACGAAGCAAAGCAGGAACUACUGCUUGUGCAUCCGUAUAUGGAUGGUGUGCAGCCCAUUGCAUCUGCGCUGCGAUCGUAUCCUCACCUAAUAUACCGCCCAAUCACGUCUCCAAUGAUGUGUAGCAUUGUGCGUGGUUUAGUGGACGCGCUACUGUUUCUACACAAGCAUGGCAUAGUUCAUGGUGCGCUUUCUCCGUGGACAGUGUUACUGACUACUGACAAUCGCGCGCUAGUAGCGGGCCCUUCCCUUCAGAACACAACAUGGCCCCUGGCCGAUCUGGAAUCGGUUGGUGGCAACUCGCUUCACCCGUCCUUUCACGCACCUCUGGAAGAAAAAGAUUCAAUGGGGGGACAUUGUUUGCCCACGGAGGCUGAUGACACCUUCGCACUUGGGGUUCUCAUGUUAGCCAUGACUUGGGAGAUGUGUGACCCUCUCUGUGUCGAAUUGCACGAAAGGGCAGUGAAGUUGACGCACCGUUGCGUGGCGCAUAGAAUGACACUAAUGGAGUUGAAGGCGAGUCUUGGGCCACUCGUUGACCCCCGAAACCAGCAAGAGAGGAAAGACCGGCAAGAGGAAGAGGGAGAGAAGUGUUCAAAAAGUUGUGGAGAGCACAACCCAUUAAGUACUGUGGAGCUGGUGCCGAAACCGCAACCUCCCGUUGUCACGGGGAUCCUACGUCGUACUGAUUCCCCCGUUCUUUACAGAACGACGGGGCUGGAUAAGUGGAUGACGUCAAGGGCAUCCAACAUACAAAGAGUGCAGCGAGAUGUCGUGGUUACGCUAAAGCCAUAUAACGAGGAUAAGUUCGAUGCUUUGUUGCGGUGGCGGGUUGUGUCCAUCACCGUUUUAUUUAUUGUUUCGAUCCGUCGUUCACUUCAGCGGGGCUGCGUGCCACUCAAGAAAAUAUUUUAUCACAGUAAAGAGACACCUCCGAGACCGGUGCCACGCCGCCUGCAGCAACACCGCAUGACCGUCAGGCGUAGCCCCGUCUCUACCAGCCAUGCGGACAGAACUCAUUUACUGCUUCCAGCGCGGGUGCCGCUCACGCAAAAUCCGCCACGUGGCGGUGCGCGGGAACGAGACGGAAACUCUUUGGAAGAUGAUUGA